AUGUCUGCAGAUCUUCCGCCGCUACUUCCCACCGAGACCGGCACGCCCCCAGACGAGUGGGCACGGUCGACCACGACUGCCGCUUUCUCCAGACCGGAACCUGCCCCUGCGGUGAGCAGAGGGCGCAGCUCCGAGUCUACUCCCGGUGUCGAGUUUCCCGGGGCCUUCCCCAAGUCCCAGCAGACGCACAGCGAAAACAAGCCGACGACGGCAGGCCCAGCUGCGUCGGAUCCAGCUUCGAAAGCGCAGGCUGAGCACGGCGCGGGAAUCGACUUUGGCGACGCUGCGAGCCGUGCGGUGCAGACCGUGACCAGCACCGCGGCGAGUACCGCCCAGUACAUCGCGUCCUAUAUGCCUUCGGGUGCGACGCAGGGCUCCCCCGUCAGAGCAUCCGAGCACGAUGUAAUACACUCGACGUCGCUGCCGUCCAGCGAGACGAUGGGUGCGGGCGAGCAUGAGCACGUCGGCGGCGCGGGCUCGCUGCCCGGCUCCGUCUCCGAAGAAUCCGUCUCCCGCCUCCCCGACGAGCGUCAGAUGGAGCAGGAUCCUAAGGCCGGUGUUGCCGAUACACAGCCGAAACCCGAAGACGUGAACAUCGCAGGCACGUAUCCGUUUGCGCCGUACGGACCCGCUGUGGGCGAGUCUACUGGAGCACCGGCGCCCAUGAUGACACACGAGACGCACCAGCACGUCGACGUCGGAGGCACAUAUCCAUCCGCGCCAUAUCCACACGCCACGUCAGAGACGACAGGCAGCGCUGCCCAGAAGGCCAAGGGCCCGCAACCAUACGAGCAGCAAAGUGGUGUGGGCAUAUUCCCAGGUGCGAUGAGCGAGAGAGUUCACGCGACCCCACCCGGCGGUGCGCAGAGCAUGCCGAGUCAGGAGAAGGGAGGAAUCAAGCCUGGUGAGCAUGUCAGCGAGGCGGGAGAACUGCCAGGCAGGCAGGGCGAGUCGGGAGUUGCGGCACUACCCGAGAAGCGUGCAGAAGAGCAGCGGGGGCAGUCGGAAAGCACCACGGGCAAGGUGACGGAGAACACCAAGGAGACGGCAAGAAAGGCGGUACCUAGCGCAGGGCACAAAGAAGGCAAGGUGAGUGACGCGCGUGCAGAUGAGGAGCAGGCGGACAUGCUCCACCCGACGCUCACGCCCCGUACGCACGCGCUGGGCUCACCGUACGCGCAUUGGCACGGCGUGUGUGUGGGCGAGUCGUACAAGAGGGGCGUGGGCGUCGAUAUCGAAUGGAUGGAGGCCGAGGGAUACGAUACGGACUAUCACCCUGCGGAGCUGCACCCCGACACGCGCGGUCCUGCUGCCGGUGGCGCUGGUGCUGCUGCUGGCGGGGUGAAGGGUGAAUCCGCUGUGCCCGAGAGUACGGAGGCCCCGAAGCAGGAUACGAGCGCUUUACCGCAGGUGCAGGCGUGCCAUGCGGAGAAGGCGAAGAAGGUCGGGUUCAUGGAAAAGAUGAGGGGCGAGGCUAAGAUCUUGCUCGGGAAAGUCGAGGGAAAGAAGGGCGAGGCCAAGGUCGAGGAAGGCAAGCGCGUCAAGGCUGGGGAAGCCUAA